AUGAAAGCUCUGAGGGCACUGAGAACACUGACCCCAAUCGCCACUGCUAUAUCUUCCAACCCCCAGAACCCCCUUAACAUUUCUGUUUUUUUCCACCGUUUCUACUCAGCCCAACCUCAGCAUGACGAUGACCCCGCGCCAACAAACCCUGAUGAGUACGCCACCGCGCAGGACGCUGUAUUCGACAGCUCCCAUUUUACUGAUUUGAAUCUCAAUCCGGUCGGUGGAGAUGAUGGCGAGAAGCAGAUGUGGGACGAGAAAUACAGGGACAGAGUGAAAAGCAAAGUGUUUGGGGAAGAUGUUUCACAUUCGAGAAUUUUGGGGAGAGAAGAGGAGAAGAAAAGGAAGGCUGGAAACCUCGCCAGGGCCUUGUUAGAAGCGGCUUUAGAUGAAGAUGAUAAUGAGGAUGCGGAGGAGAGGGAGGUGACGGAGGAGGAUCAGAAGUCUUUGUCUGUUGGUAUUAUUGGGGCUCCUAACGCUGGAAAGUCAGCUCUCACUAAUUGCAUGGUUGGGACUAAAGUUUCAGCUGUUUCACGGAAGGUCAAUACCACCACACAUGAAGUGUUAGGAGUUUUCACUAAAGGAGACACACAAAUUUGCUUCUUCGAUACGCCUGGGCUUAUGUUAAAGAAAAGUGGAUUUCCUUACAAUGAUAUCAAAGUUCGCAAUGAGAGUGCAUGGAGUUCCAUUAACUUGUAUGAUGUUUUAAUCGUCAUAUUCGAUGUCCACAGACAUAUUACAAGACCUGAUUCACGAGUGGUGAGAUUGAUCGAAAGAAUGGGUUCAAUUAGCAACACAAGCCAGAAGCGUGUGUUGUGCAUGAAUAAAGUUGACAUGGUCCCAAAGAGGAAAGAUCUGCUCAAGGUUGUGGAAGAUAUCAAAGACCUUCCUGGAUAUGAUAGGUUCUUCAUGAUCUCAGGAUUGAAGGCUGCUGGGAUCAAAGACCUUACUCAGUAUUUAAUUGAGCAGGCAGUAAAAAGACCGUGGGAUGAAGAUCCAUUUGCCAUGAGCGAAGAAGUUAUGAAGAACAUAUCCCUAGAAGUUGUGAGAGAGAAAUUGUUGGACUAUGUGCAUCAGGAAAUACCGUAUGGCAUCGAACAUCGCUUGAUGGGCUGGAAAGAGUUAAGAGAUGGUUCAGUCCGAAUUGAGCAACACUUCAUCACUCCCAAAGUCAGCCAACGAAAAAUUCUAGUCGGGAAAAAAGGCUGCAAAAUAGGGAGGAUAGGUAUGGAAGCUAAUGAGGAGCUUCGGUCCAUAUUCAAGAGGGAUGUUCAUCUAAUCCUCAUGGUUAGAGUUAAAUAA